AGCAGAGACACCCCCACUGUUUCCAUCCCCUGCACUCAAGCAGAGAUUCCUCUCACCCCUGUAUCCAUCACGCUGAGCAGAGACCCCCUCCCGCCAUAUCCAUCUGCUUGGACCCCUGAGCAGAGAUCCCUGUAUCCACUGAUUCCCAAACCCCCAUACACACCCCUGAACAGAGAGACAUACACCCCAUAUUCAUCCUCUUGGGCUCCCCGAGCAGAGACCCCUGUAUCCAUCAAUCCCAAACCCUCAUACACACCCCUGAACAGAGACCCCCCAUAUUCAUCCAUCCCAAACCUUCCUACACCCCUGAGCAGAGAUCUCUCUCCUUCCAUACCCAUUUCCCCCCUCAUCCCCUGAGCAUAGGCUCCCCCAUAUCCAUCCUGCCUUACUCCCUGAGCAGGCACCCUCCUCCCCCAUAUCCAUCAAUCCCCAACACCCCUCACACACACACACGCACACACUCCUGAGCAGAAACCUCCCUCCCCCCAUAUCAUCCCUCUGCACUUCUGAACAGAGACCUAUUGUAUCCAUCCAUCCAUCUAUCCCAGCCCUCCCACUCUCGGUAUCCAUUCCCCUGCACCACUGAAUGGAGACCCCUCUCUCCCUAUAUCUAGCCAUCCCAACCCACACCCCUGAGCAGAGAUCCUCUCACCUGUAUCAUCCCCCCACACCCCUGAACAGAGACCUUCUUCCCUUCCCUGUGUCCCUGAGCAGAGACCCUCCCUCCCCCAUGUCCCUGCCUCCCAUGGCUUAUAUCUAUCCAUCCCAAUCCCUCCCAUGCACAUCCCUGAGCAAAGACCCUCCCCCAUCUCCUGUAUCUCUCCUUUCCAAUCCUUCACCCACAUCUAUCCACGCAAUCCCUUCCACCCUGCAGAGUUGAGAACUUUACCCAGCCUCCACAUCCAUCCCAGGCCCCCUGUCUGUUUCCCAACCCUCCUCUCAAACCCUAAGCAGAGACACCCCCCCAUUAGUUACAUAUCUUUUCCCCCCAAAAACUGAGACCUCCAUACUUUCACACCUCACAUCAGCCAAGAUCUGACCCCAGGCCUUGUACAAUAACUGGCUAGAGACAGGGGGCUCUUAUCCUUCCAGUUCAUCCAGCCUCCUUCAGUAAAAUUCCCCUUCUAUGGGCUGCAUGUAUCAUCAGGCUUUGAGUUAUUCUGGGGAUGGGAAUUGUAUGUCUCUGAUGUGAAAUAUCUUAAGGGUUCAUGUUGUGCUGGCUCCAGAGUCCCUCAUGAGGCACAGAUGUGUGGUCUGCGAUGGAGAAUUAUAAGAAAUCCAAGAUUGUGGAGAAGCCCUCUCCCCUUCCAUUCACCAACCUGCCUUCAGAUAUUAUUGAGAUGAAAGUGAAGGAUGGCAGCAAAAUCAGAAAUCUUAUGGGUUAUGCCAUCGGCAAGAUGGAGUCGGACUCAGUUAAGCAGAUUCUUUUCACUGGCUCUGGCAAAGCCAUCAGCAAGACUAUCACUUGUGUGGAAAUCAUGAAGCGACGGCUCACGGGACUCCACCAAAUCACCAAAGUGCUCUUCAAACAGACUGAAGAGAUCUGGGAGCCCAUUGUCCCUGAGGCUGGUCUAGAUGCCUUGACAGUGAAGAGAAAUAUUCCUGCCAUAUGUAUCUUGCUGAGCAAAGAUGCGCUAGAUUCCCAAGAGCCUGGGUAUCAGGCCCCAGGCUCUUUUGAUGCCUUCUGGAUCGAGACACUUAAAGCAGAGUCCCAGGGACAAAUUAAGAGAAAGCAGGGUGGAGGAAGGGGGGCUGGCCGCACAGGAAAGCAUCCUAGAUCUGUUGGAGGACGUGGAGAAUCCUACAAAAAGCCUUGAGACGAAGAUAAAUCAGAAGCAAUUGUUAAUUGCAUCAAGAACAAAAAAACAAGCCACCUAGUGUGGCUCAAGUGCUACCACCAAACACAGAGGGACUGAGCUCCUUGGUAGAGAAGAGCUGAAAACCUAGCACAAUUGGGAGAGGGAUGAGGGGCAUGUGAAAACAGAUAUGGUCGUAGCCAUGGCAAAUAAAUUCUCAUAACAAAUCUGG